CUGCUAUUGCUACUGCUACUGCUGAGGCCAGGCGGACAGCUCAUGCUUUUCUGAAGACUUGCAGCAAGCCCACGGUGGCUCAGAGAAUAUACCCCCAGAUUCUUUGGAUUUUUUUUUUUUUUUGGGGGGGAAUAGAGUCAUCCAUCAGAGUCAUCCCCUCAAGAUGACAAACAGUUCUACCUUCUGCCCAGUUUAUACAAACCUGGAGCCAUUCACAUAUUUUUUUUAUUUAGUUUUCCUUGUUGGAAUUAUUGGGAGCGGAUUUGCAACUUGGGCUUUUGUACAGAACAAGACAAAUCACAGGUGUGUGAGCAUAUACUUGAUCAAUUUGCUGACAGCCGAUUUCCUGCUCACCCUGGCAUUACCAGUGAAAAUCGUUGUCGACCUGGGAGUGGCACCCUGGAAGCUGAAGAUCUUCCACUGCCAAGUGACAGCCUGCCUCAUGUACAUUAAUAUGUACUUAUCGAUUAUCUUCUUAGCAUUUGUCAGCAUUGAUCGCUGUCUUCAGUUGACCUACAACUCCAAGGUUUACCGGAUACAAGAACCUGGAUUUGCCAAAAUGAUAUCGACCGUGGUGUGGCUGAUGGUCCUUCUUAUAAUGGUGCCCAACAUGAUUAUCCCCAUCAAAGACAUCAAGGAGAGGCCAAAUGUAGGAUGCAUGGAAUUCAAAAAGGAGUUUGGCAGAAACUGGCACCUGCUGACAAAUUUCAUAUGUGUAGCGAUAUUUUUAAAUUUCUCAGUCAUCAUCUUAAUAUCUAACUGUCUUGUCAUCCGACAACUCUACAGAAACAAAGAUAAUGAAAAUUAUCCAUAUGUGAAAAAAGCCCUCAUCAACAUACUUUUAGUGACUACAGGCUAUAUCAUAUGUUUUGUCCCGUAUCACAUUGUCCGAAUCCCAUACACUCUGAGCCAAACAGAGGUAAUAUCUGAUUGCCCAACCAGGAUUUCACUCUUCAAAGCCAAAGAGGCCACGCUGCUCCUGGCUGUGUCAAACCUCUGUUUUGAUCCUAUCCUGUACUAUCAUCUCUCAAAAGCAUUCCGCUUAAAAGUUACCAAGACUUUUGCUUCACGUAAGGAGACCAAGACUUUUUCUCCAAAAGAAAAAUCAAGUGGUGAAAACAGUGCAUAAAAUGUGGGAUUUCUCACUGCUAAGUAAGACCAUAAAUACUAGGAAAGAGAGAAAAGUGCCUUAGUAAAAGACAGCUAGCAUAUGUGGCCUGGUUUACUGAGAAUGUAAGUCAAGCAGUACUCUUGUGGUUGUUAAUAAUCCUAAACUCAAAUAUUUGUACAAAAAAAAAAAAAAAAGAUCCUGUUGAACCAAUGUAAACAUCAUCCUUGAAAUCCAAAGGUGUUUUAUGACACAGACUCAGAGGCAUUCAUGAAGUGUUUGUUUAAAUACCAGGAACUGACUUCUUGACACAAAUAUGUAAAAUAAUCUCUUGUAAAGUACCAGAAAGCCCUUCAGCAUCACAAUUUAAAACCAUUUAGAUCAGGGGCACCUGGGUGGCUCAGUGGUUGAGCACCUGCUGUCAGCUCAGGGCGUGAUCCUGGGGCCCUGGA